UGAACGUUGCAUAACGUCGGUCAUUGCAUCUCAACGCCUUGCCGCCAACAGGCCAAUGGACACAGAUAUCACUGUGUGACAGCUAUUAACUCGACACAACCAUCCUCAUAUGCAUUGCAAUCAAACCCACCUCAAACGGUCUUUCUGAAAAGGAUACCACCCCUUCCUCGAUGGUCGGGCGCGAUCAGGAACUUCGAACGGCCUAAAGAAGCUCCCAGCCAUGGACGGAGAGGAAAACGCGUGUCGAUCAUCUGCCAUUCCCCGUCUCACGAGAAGUCAGACGACGGGAACCUUCAAAGAUAUAACGACUGCUACGAACAAUGCGUCUCUAUCAAUCCCGCCGAACGGCGUUUUGAAAAGAAAACAGGCCGACUGCUCGUCCAUCGACGUGACUUUCAAGAAAAAGCCCGUUUCCUCCUCCAAACACAAACCGGGUCAUUCCACCUCCAAAUCGGUCGGCGCACCAUCCAGGUCUACCUCAACCAUUCCAUCCGCGCGCAAACCGUCGGCGACUUCACAUUAUGCGACGCGAAGUGUGACCUCUUCGGCAGCAGUUCCCUCCGCGCGUGGUACCACCCGUCCCAAAACCUCGUUUGGAUAUGCAUCCACAGGGAGAAACCCGUGUGCUCGACCGGUCACCUCGAUGGAUACGCAUCAGGCAAAGAGAGCUGGUGAUACUUCAGGGAAACUAAAGGGUGCGAAUCCUAGUCCCCCCGUACCUUCAUCCACCUCUCCAAUGCCCAUCACACCAUUACGAGGGAGCCAUGACAACCGGUUGAACUUUACAUCAGACUGGUCGAGCUCUCCGGCCGCAAGGUCGUACAGAACCCCUACGAGGAUGCCCAACAUUGAUUUGUUAUGCGCUGCCGUCAACGAUCUGUCUAUCAGUUCCCAAAGGCCCCCCGGUGCGCCGCCGUCAGCAGACCGACCAAAACGGCCACCGGCGUCGAGGUUACCCUGUCGCACAUCCCCUCCCAAAACUCUACCAUCUUCUACUGCUGUUUCUCCUUGUCCAUCUAUUGCAUCCUCUUUAAGAUCCUCGCGCCGCACUCCUUCAAAGGUUAACCGGUAUCUGACACGUUAUUCUCAUGUUCAAGGUUGGGACCAAGCCGAAAGAGAAGAGGCCUUAGAAGCGAUGUGUGGGCGGUUGAUGCACCAGAUCAAAGACUCGACCUCCCUCAGCACCGGGCUUCAAGAUGCAAUGGAACUUUACAAGUCACAGAUCCGGGACCUCGAGCAGCAAAGAAUACAGCUUACAGAGCAGAAUGUCAACCUUCGCGUCGACAUCGAUAGUGCCAAAUUACGACUCCAGAACGCAGAAGAGAAAUGGAAGGAUGCGGUCCGCGAAAACGAAAUAACGCUUGAUGACGCUGGCCGGCGACAUCGGAUAGAAAUCGAAACAGUGCGACACGAAAUGAAAACCCAAAUUGACCAUAUCAACCAAAAGCAUCAGGAGGAACUCUUCAGCUUACAACGACGCUUGGAAAUGCAAUUUGAAGAAGAACGAGAAUCCCGUUUGCGCGAAUUGAGGCAGCUUAAUACUGAAUCAGCCAUGGAGCGACAACGCGGACAGAUGGAUGUUGAGAAUAAAGAGCGAGAAAUCAGAAAUUUUAGGGAGGAGAUAGAGAGGCUCCGGAUAGACCUAGAAAGAGAGCGGAUGACGAACGAUGAAUUACAGCGAAACUUGGUGACUGCAAACAGUAGUGGCGUAACUUUGGAAUCGUCGAUCCGUGCUUUGAAAGCUCGAAUCGAGUUUCUGGAGUCAGGAAACAAGGAACAAUCCGAUGCUUUUGCACGGCUCGAUCAACAACUCAACGAUGCCCUUGCGGAAACGAAAGCCACAAAGGAAAAGUUGAGGAAGGAGGAAACGUUACGACGGAGGUUGCAUAACCAAGUCCAGGAACUCAAAGGGAAUAUUCGGGUCUUCUGUCGAGUGAGACCUUUGCUGGACAACGAAACCAUGGAUGCUGCCGCCCGGAUUCGGUUCCCGGAUUCCGACGUUGACUCGAAGGAAAUUUCCAUUCAAGGUCCAGAAGAAAAGAGUAGCCUAGGAAACGUGACGGCCAAAAAUUUCUCAUUCUCGUAUGAUCAUGUCUUUGGUCCGUCAUCCCGAAAUCCCGACGUGUUCGAGGAAAUUAGCCAACUUGUUCAAAGCGCAUUGGAUGGUUACAACGUUUGCAUCUUUUGCUAUGGACAGACCGGCAGUGGGAAAACGCAUACGAUGUCUUCUGAGGACGGUAUGAUCCCACGAGCUGUGGCCCAAAUAUAUGAAACGGCAGCGGAACUCGAAGAGAAAGGAUGGAAAUACACCAUGGAAGGGAGUUUUGUGGAAGUCUACAAUGAAAAUCUAAAUGACUUGCUCGGGAAUGCAGAAGAAUUCGACAAAAAGAAGCACGAAAUACGGCACGAUAUGCAAAAGUGUCAGACAACCAUCACGAACAUCACCACGGUUACCUUGGACUCACCAGCAACGGUUGAAUCUAUGCUUCGCCAGGCUGCAGCAAACAGAUCUGUGGCGGCCACAAAGGCUAACUGGCGAUCAUCUCGAUCCCACUCAGUGUUUAUUUUGAAGCUAACAGGAGAGAAUUCUGUCACUGGAGAGCGAAGUGAAGGCAUCCUCAAUCUUGUGGACCUUGCUGGGAGUGAACGUCUUAGCCACAGCGGGGCUACAGGAGAUAGGUUGAGGGAAACGCAGAAUAUCAAUCGCAGCUUAAGCUGCCUUGGUGAUGUGAUUAGUGCCCUUGGUCAAGGAAAGGAGGGUGGCCAUAUCCCCUACCGUAAUAGCAAGCUCACAUACCUACUCCAAUUUUCGCUCGGUGGCAAUUCAAAAACGCUUAUGUUUGUGAUGGUCAGUCCGCGACAGGAACAUCUUAGUGAAACAUUGACUAGUCUUCGAUUUGCAACCAAAGUACACAAUACGCAUAUCGGCACUGCAAAGAGACAAACCCGGAUUAAGGACUCGUAAAGCACGGGGUAGGUAGUCGCAGGGCCUGUUGGCUCGCCACACCGCUUUCAUCGUGUGUUUGGUGGAGCAGGAUUUCUUAGGAUCGAUUCCCUUUUGCUUUUAUAUCGGCAGGCAUUUCUUAUCAUGGUGUAUCAUUUCGAUUGAACACCAAACUCUGACAAAGGAUUGUGAAUAACUUUUUCCUUUUUCCUUUCCCCUUUUUUUUUUUUUUUUCCCCGUUUCCAGCGCCCAGUUUAUUGAUGCGGCGUCCCAGCCUUUACGACCUCAACGAGGAAUGGCACAUUUUGAAUCAGAUACCCGAAGGUGGUUUUGUAUCUAUUUCCCUUCUUGACUCUCUUUGAAUCGAGCUAGUCGAAGCCGUUUACUUUCAUAUGUCAGGCAUGGAAUGCAAGUCGUUGGAACCACUUAACUCUGCCGGACGCUUUUGAUAGUAAGUUGAUCUGUUUCCUUGCAUGUUCUCGG